UCUCUGUCUAUCUCCUUUUUCCUGAAGUAGCCUACUGCAGAGAGAGAACUGCAUCGAAAAAACACACCGGAAGACAUGAACUACCUCAGUUCUACAGUGUGAUAGCAGCAAAUUCAGAUUCGUAAGACACAAGCAACUCGCCUGGUGCAAUGGCUAACAAUCAGGGCCAUCCACUUUUCCUCUCUCAAACAAAGCCGGACCAAUGAACACCACAGCCAGUGAGGGUAUCUUCCUGUGUUGACUGCAGAGUCCAGGGUUUUCCCCUGUUGCAUCUCCAGAUCCACCACUCUGCUCUGCUCCCAAACCCCUCCACCAGCUUACAUUCAUCUCCCUCCUACCCUUCCUACCCCUCUGUACUUCCACCCCUGAACCUCCAUCAGAGUAAAAAUGGACGACAGCUACGAUAACAGGACUUCCUUAGUGAAGGGGGCCAAGGACAUUGCCAAGGAGGCCAAGCGGCACGCCAUGAAAAAGGCCAACAAGGUCGUGGACAGCGCCACAGACGAGUACUCCCAGCGAAAAUACAGCCGGUUUGAGGACGAGGUAGAUGAGGGGGACGACCUUUACCAUAAUCCCCUGAGGCAGGACGGAGGCUACAAUGACAAUGACCAGGCCAGUGAUGCCAGCGAUGCCACAGAGGGCCAUGAUGACGAAGAUGAGAUUUACGAGGGGGAGUACCAGGGGAUCCCAGCGGCUGGAGACAGGAAGGCCAGGGAGGGGCAGGUGGCUCUGGGGCAGCCCGUCACAGACAGCCUCAGAGAACGUAAGGAGCUGGAGAAGGAGAGGCAGGCGGACGAGGAAGAACUGGCCCAGCAGUAUGAGCUGAUCAUCCAGGAGUGUGGCCAUGGCAGGUUCCAGUGGCAGCUGUUCCUGGUGCUGGGCCUGGCCCUCAUGUCGGAUGGGGUGGAGGUGUUCGUGGUGGGGUUCGUUCUGCCCAGCGCCGAGACGGACAUGUGUGCUCUGGGUGGCUCCAACUCCAGAUCUGGAUGGCUAGGCAGUAUUGUGUACCUGGGGAUGAUGGUGGGGGCAUUUUUCUGGGGGGGCAUGUCAGACAAGGUGGGCCGCAGACAGUGUCUGCUCAUCUGCAUGUGUGUGAACGGCUUCUUCGCCUUCCUGUCCUCCUUCGUUCAGGGCUACGGCAUGUUCCUGCUCUGCCGUGUGAUCGCAGGCUUUGGAACAGGGGGGGUUGUGCCUAUAGUCUUCUCCUUUUUUGCGGAGGUGCUGUCCAGAGAGAAGAGAGGGGAGCACCUGAGCUGGCUGUGCAUGUUCUGGAUGAUUGGAGAGAUCUAUGCUUCAGCCAUGGCCUGGGCCAUUAUACCACACUACGGCUGGAGUUUCAGUAUGGGUUCGGCCUACCAGUUCCAUAGUUGGAGGGUGUUUGUGGUGGUCUGCGCCCUGCCCUGCGUCUGUGCUGUGGUGGCUCUCACCUUUAUGCCUGAGAGCCCCAGGUUUUACCUGGAGGUGGGGAAGCAUGACGAGGCUUGGAUGAUCCUCAAACAGAUCCAUGACACCAACAUGCGAGCGCGUGGGCAGCCGGAGAAAGUCUUCACCGUGAACAGAAUCAAGAUCCCCAAGCAUCUGGAUGAGCUGGUGGAGAUGAAGUCAGAGUCGGGGAACGCAGUCUCCAAGGCCCUCUUCAGGUCAAAGACAGAGCUACGUGGGAUCUUGGUUAACUUUAUGAAGUGUUUUGACUACCCUCUGAAAGAAAACACUAUCAAGCUGGCUAUUGUGUGGUUUACACUGUCAUUUGGGUACUACGGCCUGUCUGUGUGGUUCCCUGACGUCAUCAAGCACCUUCAGGCAGACGACUACGCCUCCAAGGUGAAGAUCCACAGCAACGAACGCAUCGAGGACUUCACCUUCAACUUCACCCUGGAGAACCAGAUCCACACCAACGGGGUCUUCAUCAGCGACAGAUUUCUUAAUAUGAAGUUGAAGUCCGUCACCUUCAUUGACUCCACCUUCCGUAACUGCUACUUUGACGACGUGACGUCGGUGGGAUCCUACUUCCGGAACUGUACCUUCCUCGAGGCGUUCUUCUACAACACUGACAUCGAUGAAUCAAAACUGAUAGACGGCACAGAGGUGAUCAACAGCUCGUUCCACCACAACAAGACGGGCUGUCAGAUGACGUUUGACGACGACUACAGCGCCUACUGGGUCUACUUUAUCAACUUCCUGGGAACUCUAGCUGUUCUACCCGGCAACAUUGUUUCUGCACUGCUCAUGGAUAAGAUUGGACGCCUUUCGAUGUUAGGUGGCUCCAUGGUUCUGUCAGGGAUCAGUUGUUUCUUCCUGUGGUUCGGCACCAGUGAGUCGAUGAUGAUCUUCAUGCUGUGCCUUUACAACGGCUUGAGCAUAUCAGCCUGGAACUCACUGGACGUGGUCACCACAGAGUCCUUCCCUACAGACAGGAGGGGGACAGGUUUUGGGUUCUGUAAUGCUCUGUGUAAGUUAGCUGCCGUGUUGGGGAACGUGAUCUUUGGUUCGCUGGUUGGCAUCACCAAGGCCAUCCCCAUCCUCCUGGCCUCAUCUGUGCUGGUGUGUGGAGGUCUGGUGGGGCUCCGGCUGCCUGAUACUCGGGCCAACGUCCUCAUGUAGCCCCAGGAAGGACCACCUCACCUGGGGAAGACCUGGGCCAAACCUGGGGACGGCAUGGGAAGCAAGGCGCAGAAUGGUGCAAAGGGUUUAGUUCAAAUGUUUCCUUAUGGAUUUUGACAUUUGAUUUCUUUAUUGCCCCUUCUGGUCACAGGGAGUUCAAUUGCAUAACCCCCCCCCCAUCCCAUAUCUCUUUAAAACAGUAUACUUUUACUUUAUCAAUGUAUUUAUGUACAGGACCCAAGUACCAGACCUUCUGGAUACAUCCCUGGGGUCGAGAGAGAACUCCUAUUUCUUAGUGAAUGUAUUGUUUGGGAAUGUCACAACACCCCUCUAAGAUUAAAUCAAUAUUUUAUCAUGACAUAAUCAUAACAGUUAGUGGAUGUUUUAGUUAAGCCUGUGGCUCAUUGGCUAACUAUAUGACUUAUUGCCUGUGGAUUAUGUCCAUCCAUACCAUCAUAGUAUUAGCUGUGAAGGAAACUCUGUGGGUCCUGUAGUCUGUUCUAUAGUUGGUUGAUGUGAAGUCUAGAUCAGUGGUGUAUGUGUGAGGAAAUAUCACUGUCAAUGGCUGUCGGAUAUGAGUUGGCUGGUGGAAUCAGUACUGGGUUAGUGCUAUGAGAGUUGUGUAGAUAUCAGUAGUGCCUGUUGCGUUGAACUGUAUGAGUACAGUUUGUCUGGAGCCAUUGCAGCGACAGAGUUAGUGAGGGCUGUAAAUAUCAAUGUGUUUUUAUUAGGCCAAAACAGAUGGAGGAGAGAGGGAAAAACAAGCUGUAAUGAGCACAGCCAGCCUGCUGUGGGAGAGAAGGGGGAAUAGAUGAUCAGAAAGACUGGAGAGAUCACACAGCUGCAACACAGGUGGCCUGGACAGAGAGACAGCCAGACUGGCAGGGAGGCAGAGCCAGAGCGAGAACAAGGGUAUUUCUGGGCUACCGUGAAGAGUAUAGAUGGAUCUUUGUCAGGCUUGAUGUGUUCUCCUGUCUUUUCACAUGAUGUUUCUACUGUAUGUACCCUGCACUUGUUAUGUCUGCUGGAUAUGCGCACAUACCAUGAAGAGUCAUGGUGAUGGACAGGAUUUAACCCGCAGGAGCUGGUUUGAAGCAAAGCUUCUCACAGAUAACAUCAGAAACUAUAAUAACAUGUUAGUUUAUUAGUUUACACUGACAGAUGCAUAACAAGGUUUUUAUCAGUGUUCUACCCCAGACUACCACAUUCACAUAUAGACACUCAGAUCUUCAAGCCCUUUGCACCAGUUCUCUACCCAAGAAUAAAAAGGCCAUAUUUAAUAUCUUUAAUUGUUAUUAUUUGAAGUGUACAUACUAAAUCUUGCAAUAUGUCUUAAGAUAUUUACAUUAUUUGCAGGUAUGUAUCUGCAGCUGUUCUAAACUUUUUGUUGGGGAAAAUGUAAGAAUACCUUUUUUUUUCUCUGUAUAAAAUAUUGUUCUCUCCUCCUAUAUGUUGUAUUGUAUGCAGGCUCGCAGAAAGGGCUUUGUUUAUGUUCAGUAAUAUUGUUCUCUCCUCCUAUAUGUUGUAUUGUAUGCAGGCUCGCAGAAAGGGCUUUGUUUAUGUUCAGUAAUAUUGUUCUCUCCUCCUAUAUGUUGUAUUGUAUGCAGGCUCGCAGAAAGGGCUUUGUUUAUGUUCAGUAAUAUUGUUCUCUCCUCCUAUAUGUUGUAUUGUAUGCAGGCUCGCAGAAAGGGCUUUGUUUAUGUUCAGUAAUAUUGUUCUCUCCUCCUAUAUGUUGUAUUGUAUGCAGGCUCGCAGAAAGGGCUUUGUUUAUGUUCAGCCUUUUGAUUUGGCGUUUCUGUUUAACGUUGCUUGUGGCAUUGAAUUUAUAUAGACAUGUCAUGCUGCUUCCUAUUCAAGAUACUGAAGGGCCUUUUUUGUGCCUCUCCUUCAGUGGAGUGUUCUCCGCAUAGACAACAGAAGGGUACAGGAGGUAAACAGGAAGUGAACUGUGUGUGUGGUGUGUGAUGUCCCUUCUCACAACAGUCAGCAGUUUCAAGUGCAUCAUUACAUUGGUGUGACCGUGACAGAUAAGGUACAACAUCCAUCCUAUCCGUUUCAUCGGUUUAAAAAAAGAUGCCCCCCCCACACUUUUGAGAUGAAGUUGGAAGAUGAUCUCAUUUAAACUGAAUUGGGGAGAAACUGAGAGCAAUACGCUAUUUAUUAACUACUUGCAUAAGAGUGAGUGUAACUGCUUGCAUAUUUUAAGCAAUUUUUAAAGUUGUACAACUUUUUGAGUAAACAAUUUCAGUGCUUCUUAUAAAUUUAAAAAAUGAAACACCAUACUGACAAUUUGGAUGACAUUUUAGAAUCAGUAACAAAAUCUUUUAGCCAUAUAUACACACUGUGUGUACACAAUGAACAGGAUUCAAUACAAAGUUAAUUAACAAAUCUUACACUUUAUAAUGUAAUUUCAUUAGUGCUAAUGUUCCCCUGUCUAAAAUGUCAACCAAAUUUCGCAAAUGCAUCUGAUGUUUACAAGCAAUCCUGUAGAAAUAUGUUGUUAUUACUGUAAACAGUAUAAUCUCCAGGUCUACAUACUGUAGCUAUAUAGUGUUUCACAUCUAAUUCACAAGUCUACAUCUCUACAUGGCUCUGUAGUGUUUUCACAUCUAAUUCACAGGUCUACAUCUCUACAUGGCUCUGUAGUGUUUUCACAUCUAAUUCACAGGUCUACAUCUCUACAUGGCUCUGUAGUGUUUUCACAUCUAAUUCACAAGUCUACAUCUCUAUAUGGCUCUGUAGUGUUUUCACAUCUGAUUCACAAGUCUACAUGGCUCUGUAGUGUUUUCACAUCUAAUUCACAGGUCUACAUCUCUACAUGGCUCUGUAGUGUUUUCACAUCUAAUUCACAGGUCUACAUCUCUACAUGGCUCUGUAGUGUUUUCACAUCUAAUUCACAAGUCUACAUCUCUACAUGGCUCUGUAGUGUUUUCACAUCUAAUUCACAGGUCUACAUCUCUACAUGGCUCUGUAGUGUUUUCACAUCUAAUUCACAAGUCUACAUCUCUAUAUGGCUCUGUAGUGUUUUCACAUCUGAUUCACAAGUCUACAUGGCUCUGUAGUGUUUUCACAUCUAAUUCACAGGUCUACAUGGCUCUGUAGUGUUUUCACAUCUAAUUCACAAGUCUACAUCUCUACAUGGCUCUGUAGUGUUUUCACAUCUAAUUCACAGGUCUACAUCUCUACAUGGCUCUGUAGUGUUUUCACAUCUAAUUCACAAGUCUACAUCUCUACAUGGCUCUGUAGUGUUUUCACAUCUAAUUCACAGGUCUACAUCUCUACAUGGCUCUGUAGUGUUUUCACAUCUAAUUCACAGGUCUACAUCUCUACAUGGCUCUGUAGUGUUUUCACAUUUAAUUCACAGGUCUACAUCUCUACAUGGCUCUGUAGUGUUUUCACAUCUAAUUCACAGGUCUACAUCUCUACAUGGCUCUGUAGUGUUUUCACAUCUAAUUCACAAGUCUACAUCUCUACAUGGCUCUGUAGUGUUUUCACAUCUAAUUCACAGGUCUACAUCUCUACAUGGCUCUGUAGUGUUUUCACAUCUAAUUCACAGGUCUACAUCUCUACAUGGCUCUGUAGUGUUUUCACAUUUAAUUCACAGGUCUACAUCUCUACAUGGCUCUGUAGUGUUUUCACAUCUAAUUCACAGGUCUACAUCUCUACAUGGCUCUGUAGUGUUUUCACAUCUAAUUCACAGGUCUACAUCUCUACAUGGCUCUGUAGUGUUUUCACAUCUAAUUUACAAGUCUACAUCUCUAUAUGGCUCUGUAGUGUUUUCUGUGGCUUACUGCCGGUGUAGCACGCCUGUUUGUGUGUGUGUUGUUUCUGUGAGUAUAUCGUAGUUUUAGUAGUCCACUGUAUCAAAACUGCUGUCUGCUUGCCCCGUCCUCAUAUCUAAAGAGCAGGGCAGGCUUCUAAUAAUGGGUACAUGUAGGGGUGUGCGCUUGUGUUUGCUUUACAUCGUCUUGGAUACAGUAAAGUCUGUUUUCUGAUG